UGCCCCGCAGCCACGCGGGACAAACGGGGCGAGAAACGCCUCCUCCGGGCGGCCGUCGAUGCCGAGGACGAGGCCGACCCGGGCGACCAGAGCGGCGCGGGCGAACCGCGCCAGCAACCGCCCGGGUCGGCCGGUCGCCGCCCACCCGGAGGACGGAGGCCCCGACCUCCGGCCGGAGGAGGAAGAGGAGGAGGAGGACCAGGAGACGACGCCCAAGCUCGCCACUAGGCGGCACUCCUCGGCCACGGGGAGAGGCGACGACCUGCCGAGGUUCGGGCGGACGCCGAUGCUGUCGACGCCGGCCGAGGACCCGCCCGCAAGGGCCUCCUCGGCGCCCCAUCUGCCCACCGCGAAGCCGCCGCCCAGGUCCAAGGUGUACCGGAAGGCUUCGCUGAAGACCGCCGACGUCGUCGACCUUCCCGACGCCACCUCGGGCCCCAGGUGGAACCCGGAGAGUGUACAUAUUACCUGCAACCCACUGUCCACCCCCUACCCGUACUCCACGCCCUGCCAGAAGGCCGCCCUGGGGCAGACCUCGGGCCCCGAGGCCCAGGAGGACGAGCCCCAGGCUCGCAGCUGCGGCAGCUUCCUGCCCAUCCUCGCCCUCAUCCCGCACUCGGUCGUCAGCUUCCAGUACCUCAGCCCGAAGAUGAAGUUCUCCUGGUGGCGCAACAAGAUCUCGUGAAGGCACGCCUAAACGACUGUCUGGCGACGAUUCGCGCUCCUUUCUUUCGUCCCGUUUGCCUUGCCCUACCCCGAAGUAGUACCCGAAUCGGUUGCCAGCCGGUCCGAUGGCGCCCCGAGAGAGGCGGGGACGCCCGGUCUCUUUGCUCGUAGACCCAACCGUCACACGUACGAGACCUUUUCACCGAUACUUCGUUUUAGGCCGAUACUUCGUUCUUGCGAUGGCGUCGCGCGAUGAUAGCCUAUCGGCGGUGCCGAUGUGGAGUCGCGAGGGACGCUUCCGUCGUACGGUUGCGGGGUGGUUUCCGUUGCGCGGAGGUUCGACGUUGUUCAACUUUUCUGCAAAGAUGGGCGAUGGUCAUGGGUAUGACUCGUUCGAGCGACGGAAUUAUUGUCGCAAGCACGUUGACUGACGCUGUAAUACCGAUUAAAUGUCGACCUGAGAUCGAUGUUUCGUUUGAGCGAUGGCAUCGCGUGACAGAGAGAAUAAGCGAUUCUGAAUUGCUGCAGAGAAUGAGUACCGUGGAACUUUCGUCAUUGUUGAGCUUCCCUUCGACGACGCGCGAUGGCGUUGCUUAUGUUUCUUUCAGUGACGAAAAUUCUGUCGCAAACACGUAGUUUGACGCUAAUACCGAUUAAAUGUCGACCUGAGAUCGAUGUUUCUUCCUUUCGACGUCAUCGCGUAACGGAGAGAAUAAGCGAUUCUGAAUUGCUGCAGAGAAUGAGUACCGUGGAACUUUCGUCAUUGUUAAGCUUUCCUGCGACGACGCGCGAUGGCGUUGCUUAUGUUUCAUCUGAGCGACGAAAAUUCUGUCGCAAACACGUAGUCUGACGCUAAAACUGAUCAAAUGUCGAUCUGAGAUCGAUGUUUCUUCCUUUCGACGGCAUCGCGUGACGGAGAGAAUGAGCGAUUCUGAAUUGCUGCAGAGAAAGAGUAGAGUGGAACUUCUAUCGCCGGAAGUGAUGAUUUUCAUCGCACAAUGGUUCGUCAUUGUUGAGCUUUCCUGCGACGACGCGCGAUGGCGUUGCUUAUGUUUCAUUUGAGCGACGAAAAUUCUGAAAUAAUCGGAAUGAAAUAUCGGCCUUAGAGAGGAGCGUCCGAACGUCCACCUCGUCGUCUUCCCGUUUGGUCUCGACGACUCUAGCGAGCGCCCACGGAAGUAAUUAGACCCUUCUCGCAUACCUCGCAUAACGUUAAAAAUUGGUCAAUCAAAUUCCACAGAAUUUAACACGAUGUGUUGGUCGAUCCCUUCGACCAAUUUGUAUGUCUACCAUUGCGCCCCUGUGACGCGAAAAGUGCGGCAAGCGUUAAGGCCUUCGCACAUACCUUGCGUAACGAUAACCAUGAACAUAACAAAUUGGCAAUCAAAUUUCAAAAAACUUACUAUGGUGUUCUUUGUCGACAACUUGAUUGACGGAUUAUGUGUACCGAUGUGCUACUGUUAACCCGAGGAAAGUGUGAAGGACUUAGUCAUUCGCACAUACCUCGCAUAUCUGUAACCAUAAGCACAACGAUAAGAACAGGCCAAUGAAAUUCCAAAAAAAUGCAAUACGGCGUCCUAUGUUAGCAAUGUGAUUUAUGGUUUCAUAUGUUUACUGUUGCGCUGCUGUUAACGCAAGGCAAGUGUGAAGGACUUAGUCAUUCACACAUAAUUCUAUAACGAUAAGAACGGGCCAUUGAGAUUAAAUAAAAUGUAAUAUGACGUCCCAUGUCAACAAUUUUAUUGAUAGAUUUUUAUAUUUACCAUUGCGCUAUUGUUAUCGCGAGGUAUAUGUGAUGAACUUAGUUCAUUCAAGCAUUCUUCGCAUAACAGUAACCAUAAGCAGAAUGGUAAAAACUGGCCAAUUAAAUUCCAAAAAAAUGUAAUAUGACGUCCCAUGUCAACAAUUUGAUUGAUUCAUUUUUAUCUUUAUCAUUGCACUAUCGUUAACGCGAGGUAUGUGUGAUGGGCUUUAUUACUCCUAUGGGAAUUCCUGUCAGUCGCCUUCUGGAAUGUCGAUCUCGAUAGAAAGAGAACUCCGGGGAGAAGUUUGGACGCCCGACUCGACUGCUAUCGCGAGGCGACACCUGAUUACAUAUAUAUACAUUUAUUAUACAUAUAUAUAUGUGCGUGUAAGGCAGGCUACACAUCAAAGAUGCCUACAAUAAGCACGCAGGAAGUGCUUCAGAAAGAAUUAAAUGAACAUAUAUACCUGUGUACAUCUACGGACGUAGAACAAGCGUUUAUUGUGCGAUGCAGUUUGCUGCGAGACAGACAGGACAAGUUUCAGCGUAUGCUGCAAAAAAUGUAAUUUAACAUUUUAUUGCUCUUAUUAACCAGUUAGCUGUUGCGACCUCUUUGAAAAACGUAUACCAGUCGAAAACAGCUAAGUGGUUAAGGAAGUUUAAGAAAAUUCGUCAGUUGAGUACCGACUUGAAGAUUACCUCAACAAAGGAGUUCUCAUCUUGAUGUCGUUGAUUAACAUCCCCCAGAGAGAAUUAAUUUUCUGCAGGGUGUCUUGCUUCGUUAAACUUCCUCCGACAAACCUUAACAAUUUGAAAUUAAUCAGUAAGAACGAAGCGUAUCCUUUUCAUGUAUUAAUUCUUCGGCAGGCUAACCUAACCUUAAGGUGAUGUGAAAGUGGCAUCGAAGAGGUUUUGUUUAUAAAAUUUUUGUCCCAAUUCGGUUUAC